AUGAAGGACACUACAAUGUAUAGCCCAAAUUACUCUUCUCAUAUUGAUCACUUAGGUGUAGUUCUUCAUUUACUAAAAAGCCAAAAGCUGUGGAUCAAUGGUAAAAAGUGCAGUUUUAGAGAGUCUCAGCUGGAGUAUCUUGGGCACAUAAUCUCCUUAGCUAGAAUCUCUGCUAAUCCUGCAAAGAUUUCUGCUAUGGCACGAUGGCUAGCACCCAAGGACAUUCGCAGUUUGAGGGGAUUCCUAGGGUUAAUCGGGUACAAUUGCCGCUUUGUUUGGAGUUAUGGUGUUAUUACUAAACCUCUCACUCAGUUACUGAAGAAGAAUAAUUUCAAAUGGACAGAAGAGGCACAAACUGAAUUGACCAACUUAAGAGGGAGAUGA